UGAUUCCCGCCAGCUGUUUUUUCCUCGCCGGCAAAAAAAUAAAAACACAAUUGUAUUCAAAAUUCAACGUUGAUUAUGAACGAUAUCAAACAAUUGAAGGACCAGCAACGCGACAAACAUCCCGGAUUCGAUGCCUACCUGGAUUGCAUGACCCGUUCCCUCUUCACGGGCUUGGCUACAUUCUGCUUGGGCUUUUCCGGCACCUACUUUGCCCAGAAGAUCAUUCAAUCGAAGAUCCGCUAUCCGGCCAAGUACAACAUUUUGGUGGCGUCGUUGGUGGCCACCGGCAUCUCCUAUCAGGCGACAUCAUCGCGCACCCGUUCCUGCCAGGCCGCCUGGAUGGCAUUCGAGGAUAAGCAUACGAUACUGAAGGAGGAAACCUUUUAGCAAUUGCAAUUUGCAAUUCCCAAUUAGCUUUAG